AUGAUCCGUGCUGGGCCAGGCGAUUUCCGCGUUGCUUCUAACUCACGAUCUCGGGGCCUUCUGCAGCGGGAGAUGCGGGUGCGGAUCCGGGGUCCGUCGGGCCAGUCCACCGUCUCCCUUCAGGACACCGCAACAGUCGGGGAUCUGCUGGAUCAAAUCAAAGCCAAAACGGCUUUGGCUGGUUUCGACAUCAAAUAUGGCUAUCCUCCGAGGUCGCUCUCGCUCGACCAAAUCAAUCGCAGCACAGCCAUCACUGAAAUUGGUGUGGACCUAAACGGCGAACAGCUCAUCAUCAUCCCAAAGGCGGGUGCGUCGAGCACCGAACCUCCGCCUGUUUUUGCUCAACCCGCCCCGAAAACAGCCGUGGAAUCAGAGCGCCAACCAGGCCUCUUGUCGCUGGACCGAAAGAAACCGAACAUCGAAAAUGAUCCUCCAGAAAUCCCGUCCGCUGACCAUAACGGCACGAUCGUUCUACGCAUUAUGCCGGACGAUAAUUCCUGUCUUUUCCGUGCCGUCGGAAGCGCCGUGUUGGGUGUGAUGGACGCCAUGACAGAGCUGCGAUCGAUUGUGGCUCAGACAAUCCAGCAGCAACCGGAUACAUACAGCCAAGCUGUCCUGGAGCGAAACCGCGACGACUACUGUCGUUGGAUCCAAAGCCCAGAAGCUUGGGGCGGUGGGAUCGAACUCAGCAUUUUCAGCAAACACUUCGACAUUGAGAUAUGCUCCAUUGACGUCCAGACCCUGCGUGUCGACCGUUUCAACGAGGGCCGACCGACACGCUGCAUCGUGGUGUAUUCGGGAAUCCACUACGACACCAUCGCCCUCUCGCCUUCAGACCCUCCCUUCGACCACGCUUAUGCCCCUCCUGAAUUUGACACGAAGAUCUUUGAUUCAGCAGACCCCGUUGUUCUAGAGAAGGCUGUGGAGUUAUGCCGGAUUCUACAACAAAAGCACUAUUACACCGACACGGCAGGGUUCCAGGUAAAGUGUAACGUCUGUGGUGGAAUGUUCGUUGGAGAGAGAGGCGCAACCCGUCAUGCUGCGGAAACUGGGCACUAUGAUUUUGGCGAAGCCGGAUGA